CAUGCAGUCCUAGGCGCCUCCUCCCGCAGCAGCAGCAGCAGCAGGGAGGGAAACGCUCGACCAUCCAGGCGGGCCCGCACACGCUCGCUCCUCCGCACUGCAGCCCGCAGCUCCAUCAUGGCUCUCAGCAUCCCCGGCGUGGCCGUCAUGAUGCUCUUCUACCUGCUGGUCCUCGGGAUCGGCAUCUGGGCCUCCAUCAAGUCCAAGAAGGAGGCCAAGAAGGGCCAGGGGGACAAGACGGAGAUGGCGCUGCUGGGCAACCGCGGCAUCAGCCUGGUGGUCGGCAUCUUCACCAUGACAGCCACGUGGGUUGGAGGUGGAUUCAUCGUGGGCACAGCAGAGGCGGUGUACAACCCCUCCAUGGGACUCAUCUGGGCCGUCAUGCCGAUCACAGCCACCAUGUGUUUCAUCAUAGGUGGCCUGUUCUUCGCUGAGCCCAUGAGGAACAAUAAAUACGUGACCAUGAUGGACCCUUUCCAGAUCAAAUAUGGAAAAAUACCGACAGCCGCUCUGUCGCUGGCUUCGCUUGUAUCAGAGAUUAUGUGGGUGACCGGUACACUCAUAGGAUUAGGAGUGACGAUGAGCGUGAUCCUGGAUUUGCCAUACACUCUGAGCAUCUGGAUCUCUGCUGCUGUGGCCAUCACCUACACCCUGAUGGGGGGUCUCUACUCGGUGGCCUACACGGACAUCAUCCAGCUCGUCCUCAUUUUCAUCAGCUUGUGGCUGUGCGUCCCCUUCGCCCUGAUGAGUCCUGCCGUGUUGGACAUCACAGAGACAGCCUACAACCACACCUUCCAGUCUCCGUGGGUCGGUGCUGUGGAGGCAGACAGGGCCUGGCGCUGGAUCGAUAACUUUCUGAUUCUGGGUUUGGGGAACUUAGGUCUUCAGAACUUCCACCAGAGGACGCUGUCAGCCGCCUCCUCGGCCACAGCCAAGAUCACCUGCUUCACUGCUGCCUUCAUCGUUCCCACGUUAGGCGUCCCUCCCAUCCUGCUCGGUGCAGCAGCUGCAUCAACAAACUGGAACCUGACUUCUUACGGUUCUCCAUCUCCGUUUGAACGUGGAGAGACGGGACUCAUCCUGCCCAUCGUCCUGCAGCACCUUACCCCAACCUACAUCUCCAUCAUCGGUAUCGGGGCGGUGGCUGCCGCCGUCAUGUCUUCCACCGAUUCCGCCUUACUGUCCGCGGCCUCCAUCUUCACCUCCAACAUCUAUAGGAGCAUCCUGAGGACACAGGCCUCGGAGCAGGAGAUCCAGUGGGUGAUCCGGGCCUCGGUGGUAGUGGUGGGCCUGGCCGGCACGUCCCUCACCUUCCUGGACAACAGUGUCCUGAUGAUCUGGCUGCUUCGAUCCGACCUCACCUACACCCUCAUGCUGCCGCAGCUCGUCUGCGUCCUUUUCUUCAAGAUCUCCAAUGGUUAUGGCGCUGUGCUGGGCUGCGCGGCGGGCAUGCUGCUGCGGGUUCUGUGCGGGGAGCCGCUGCUCGGGAUUCCAGCUAUCAUCCGAUUCCCAGGAUGCACUCUGGUAAAUGGCGUCUACAUCCAGCACUCCCCCAUCAGGACCAUCUGCAUGCUGUCUGCUGUGGUGUCCAUCUUGUUCUUCUCCUAUGUGGCGUCGCUUCUCUUCAACAGAGGCCUGAUCCCUGAGAAGUGGGAUGUUUUUAACGUGAAAGCGCAAACACAAGGCGGCAAAGACGACAAAUCCGGCGCUCGGGACAAGAUCUUAAAGGAACAAAAUGAGAACAACGACGUGUGUGAACCUAUGCUAGAAUCAACAUGUUGAGAAAUAUUCUCUGAAAUGCAAUUUUAUACACUCUUCAUCAGUACAGACUGGUUUAGGCAUUUCCUGUGUAAUGACAUCCUUUUGAUAAUGCAGUAUAUUUUGAAUUUUUCUAUACAGCGUAAACAGAGAAAACCUCACACCUCUGCUCUUUGUCAUUAAAGAGCUCAGCAUUUUCUCUGCAGCAGUUAGACUUUUAAAGGAGCAGUUCACCCAGACAUGAAAACUUAUGAGUCAGUCAUCAGUCAUUAUGCCGCACCAAAACAGUCCACAAACCGUUUCUGGAGCCUCACAGAAAAAUUGCCUUGCAGCAUUGUGCUAAGCUCCUGAAGAAGCUGCAGAUUUGUUCUGAAAUGACCGAGUUUUUAUUUUUGUGUGAACUGUUCCUUUAAGUAUUGGCAGAUGCUUAAAGAUCAAUGGGCACGAACUUUUGUUUGUUUUGUUCAGAGAGAUGAAGGUGGUCUGAGCUUCCACAUGAUAUACACAAUACUGUAGGUGCACAUUUUGCAGGGAAUGUGUGGUGAAGGUCUUAUUCUCCUGGAGCACAGCUACACAGCUGUUAGACAAUGAGGUUUCUUGAGAUGAUCCACAUCUCACUUGUUCCUUUGAAUGUAUUUUUGUUGGUCUGAGCACCACAAGUAAAGUGUCCUGUAGUUUGACUGUAUUCAAGAGAAGGCAGACGUUCCAAAACUGUCUGGAUGGAUAAAAAAGCAGGUGAAAUGUGUAGUUUGGUUUGAUAUUUUUCUUUGGAUACGAGGCCUCAUUAAAUACUUAAGUUGUUAAUAUUGAAGUAUGAAAUAAUUAAGACUUUUUAAAUUGUCUUUAAAGUUUACGUCCACACGACUAAACCAGACUCCACGUGUUCUAAAGAGCUUCUGAUGACACAUAAAAAUAACUUCCCUCUGCUCGAUAAUUCAGCAUGGGAACGUGUGGCAUGUUGGCGCUGUGACGGAUGUCCAGACUGUCCCCUGAUGUCCACGUCAAUCUAAGUCACGCGAGGUGACAUCUGGCUCCUGACUUGUUCGGGUGCCAGCAGCUCUGGUGGAACAAUCGUCCCACAGGACCCAGCAGCACAGACGGAGAUAAAGGUCUUCUAUAAUUAGACUACACAAGCAAGUGUGGCGGUCACAAGGACGCCGCUUCCUGUCCUUUGUCUGAUGGUGAAGUCUGAUUAGCUCGGUGAAGACUCUUUGUUUCCCUCAUGUUGCUCUGCUGCUAAAAGUUUUAGGUCAAAGUUCCUUAAUGAAGUGUGAAAAUGUCCACGUUUUAAAAUGACAGAAAUAAAUAAAUAAAAACACAAAACCAAAA